AUGGCACAAGGCGAGAAUCGACAAAAAAAGGGGCGCAACCGAAACCUUGAUUCAAAUGUAAUAGUGAUAUCGAGCGACGAGUCUUUUGAUUCAAUUGAUACUGAAACCGAGCUUCCUAUUGUUCAAGAGUCAAAAGCUUAUUGUAAGUCAGAUCGAAAGAAAAACAUUGAUUUACAAGAUGAUCAUGCAAGGUCCAUCGAAGAUAAAAACUAUGAAGAGCAACUGGGGAGAGUGAAGAGGCUGAAAAAGCCUACUGAUGUUGCAGGUCUGCUAGCAAAGUUGCAAGUGCCUAAUGGCAAAAAAUUACAUCAGAGAUGCUCUUCUCCUUCGAAGAAAAACACGUUGACAUGGGUAGAAAAGUAUUGCCCAUUCACGUCAUCCGAAUUAUGUAUUCAUGAGAGAAAAAUACACGAAUUGAAGCUGAAGCUACAUGAUAUGAUUCAUAACAACACCAGCAUGCGUUUACUUAUUUUGUCAGGACCCGCAGGAAGUGGGAAAAGUGUAUCUGCAAAAAUAAUAUGCGAAGAAUUAAUGAGAGACAAACACAAGAACUCUGGAAACCAUAUGAAAAUUGAUCACAUUUCCAUUGAGCAUCGUCUGGAUCAUGUAAUUGAAUAUAUGAACUGGGCGACAUCUACAUCGAAAGAUAGCUCAUCAGUCACAAACUUUGGCGAAUUUUUGGAGGGUUGCAAAGUUCUGACAGCGAGAAAUCAAAAAUGCAUUGUCGUAGAGGAACUCCCAAAUUUACAUCAUCCAGACACAUUGAAACAAUUCAGGUCAAGUCUCACAAAGUGGAUUUUAAUGGACAAGAAAGUCAACUUACCCCCACUUAUUAUAUGUCUAACCGAAUACGAGGUCGCAAACGAGUUUUCUAGCAGCAUGGCUUCCUUGGACUCGAAUUUCAAAACGGAAUUGGUUUUAGGGAGCGAGAUUAUGUCAUUUGAGGGGAGCACUUGGGGAAGAAUCAAGUUUAAUCCCGUCGCUAAGAGGUAUGUGAAGAAGUGCCUCACAAGAAUUGCGAGCGCUGAGGAUAGGACAAUUACAAUGAAUAAGGGAAUUUCUAGAUAUUUGAUCAACUCGAGAAUUGAACAGUUGAGCCCCAAUGGUGAUUUACGAAACGCCAUAAUACUUUUUGAGUACUGGGUCAAGUUUUGCGCCUCCACCGCUUCGGAUGCGCAAUUUUUAGGGAAAGAGUCCGGUCUCAAUCUUUUCCAUUCUAUUGGGAAACUACUCUAUGGAACCCAGCAUCCAGAGGAAGAAUACAAAACUUACAUCAAAAAAGCGCACAUACCCACCGGUAGCCAUGCUUCCUACGAGCAGGUGAAAUUUAAUAUUGAUUACGUGACAGUGGUGAAUGUCGUCACUGAUGUUAUGCGAUCUGCAUCUACAUUUGGUCUCAAUUUGCUGGAAAAUUAUCUAUCAAUAGCCACGAGUGUGAAUCCUUGUAUUGACAAAUUGGCUGAUAGCUUAUCGAUUUCCGAUAAUUUAAGCUUAAAAGGUUUCGAAAGUUCAUCCUUCAACGGAAGUCCCACAAUGGAUGAAAUAUCAACAACAGUGGGAUGUUUGGGAACCAGAAUCGAAUCCAAAAGAUUGAAGACUAUAUCCAGUAAGCCGUCAUCAUUUGUGAGUCUACGAUUUUCAAGAGAUUUAAAAUCACUAAAAAAGAGCAACAGUAUUCGUCGGGAAACUAUCGAGUACUCAUACAAAAGAACAACAAAGCUAAUCAAAUCCAGCCAUUAUUCCUAUGCAAGUGUUACGGAUCUUCUUACAUGCGAUGGAUUCUACGAGCACAAAAUUUUGAACUCCAAGAAGCUUAUGGGAAAACUGAAGGAUGCUGGAUUCUCUAGAAGCCUGCAUUUCAGAAGACUAGGGGGAGAUUUUAAGAAUUUUUUGCUAGCUGACACAGAAUUAAAACCCAUCGAAGAAGAGGAAGAUGGUUUCGAUUCGGAAGGAGGAUUGAAAGCUCGAGAAAAAUUGGAGGAACUGUACUUUGGAUUUGGUAAUAAUAGUGACAGUCCAGAAUCUGACGACGAGUUUGUUUUGGAUCCCAUCGUUUUUAGCGAUGAUAACAAUUACAGUGACGAGUUCAGCGAUGACUCGCUAGUUUUACAGCUUUAA